CUCUAUUCGGGUUCGUUUGAUGGUAUUCAAGGACUUUAUGAUGUCUUCGUUGCUUGACUGCAAAGGAGGUGGAUCUUUGAGCAAUGCUGCCUUCAUAGCUCUUCAUCGAUUUCGACGCGGGAGUUGCUGAUUCGUUUAGUCGAAUCUCUUGGAUCAUGGUGAAAAAGAAUUUGAAGAUAAGUAUUACUAUUAUUAUGUUAAUUUCUUUUCGAUGAUGGCUUAUAUAAGAAUUUAAAUCUUGAUUAGUCAAGUUCUUGUUUUAACUAAGCGUUUUUUUAAUUCUUAAAACAUCUUAGCUCAAUUUUCGAAAAUUUCUAAAUUCAUUUUGUUUGAACUCUCAGUUUUCUUGAAAGUACCAAAUUGAUGCCAAAAAUUUGGAUCAAUUUUUUAUUUGAUCCAUCAUUUUUGGUAUUAAUUUGUUGAAAUUUAAUACUAUUAAGUUAACAGUGCUGCAUUUCAGGUAUAGAUCUCUCCGCAGUUUUUUUGAGUCCUGUUAUGGUUCAGAUGGAGCUUAACCCAAAGUUAAGUAUUAUUUAUGGGAACAAUCUCGAUUUCUUAAUUAUACUCAUUGCUGUACCUGUAAAAGUCCAAAAGAUUUCUCUGUUUCUUCCAGCAAUAUUUUUCUUCCUCGGUAUUUGGAGCUUUUACCCCGACUCGCUCUGCUUAUGAUAUAGGAUUAUAAAAGAAAGAAAACAAACAUUUUUUUUCAAGUAAAAGAAAAAUGAAUGGAGGAACGACGAUGGGGCCGUCGGACGAUCCCUGUAUUCAGCAUCGUCCGUCGCAAAACGAAACAAGUUCAGAUCAUCCACAAAGUCCUAAUAGUCCUUUGAGCAUUCGUCAUGAUUCGGGGGAAAGUACAGUAAUUUCUCCGGGUCUUCCGGAACGUUACAGUCCUUUGGGUGCAACGGGAUCAGUGUCGAGUCAAGAUCCUUAUGUAUCCCGAUCAGUGCAAGAAUGUCCUGUACCAUUGUGUCGAGGGAUGCCGAGUAAUUUUUCCGUUGCACCAUCUCCCUACUUGACUGCACUUGAAAAUGGACAUCCUCAUAUUCUUGGGCAAGUUCAACAGCAUCAGCAACAACAGCAGCAACAACAACAACAACAGCAACAACACUCACAACAUGGUACAAAAUCACCGAGAAGUCUUGGAUUAGUUUGCGUUGUUUGCGGUGAUACGAGUUCUGGAAAACAUUACGGAAUUCUCGCCUGUAACGGUUGCAGUGGUUUCUUCAAGAGAAGCGUGCGAAGAAAAUUAAUUUACCGAUGUCAAGCAGGUACCGGAAGAUGCGUUGUGGACAAAGCGCACAGAAAUCAAUGUCAAGCGUGUCGUUUAAAGAAAUGUAUGCACAUGGGAAUGAACAAGGAUGCGGUCCAAAAUGAGAGACAACCGAGAAACACAGCAACCAUUAGACCAGAAGCUUUAAUAGAAAUGGACCAGGAACGAGCACUGCGAGAAGCUGCCGUCGCCGUCGGAGUAUUCGGACCACCGGUAUCAUUAGCAAUGGCCAGAUAUGGAACGCCAUUGCCUUUGCCGACAGUUGCACCUACAACAAAUUCUUCGACUGCAAAUACACCGCCUCGUCAAGACACUGACGAUGGAAAUGGAUCUGAGGACAGUAUAGAUGUGACCAAUGAGGAGCCAUUGAUGCCCCAACGCAGUGGCUGCACUCAAUUGACGCCAAUAGUUCCAACAUUAUAUUCGCCAGUGAGUGCCGAAACCGUUUACGAAACGAGUGCAAGAUUGCUUUUCAUGGCUGUUAAAUGGGCAAAAAAUUUACCCUCGUUCGCGAGUUUGCCAUUUAGAGACCAAGUGAUACUGUUGGAGGAAGCGUGGUCGGAACUCUUUUUACUGAAUGCUGUUCAAUGGUGUCUUCCAUUGGAGUCAUCGCCACUUUUCAGUGCAGCUGAAUUGACUGCUUUGACUGUGUCGCCACACUCUCAUCCACACUCGGGAAUGCAUUUAGCGCAAAAUGGAAAGCCCAGUCAAGUGGCAGCUGACGUCAGGCAUCUUCAUGACACUCUGCAACGAUACAAAGCAGUCAUGGUUGAUCCCGCUGAAUUUGCAUGCAUGAAAGCCAUUGUUUUAUUUCGACCAGAAACACGUGGCUUGAAGGAUUCAAGUCAAAUAGAAAAUUUACAAGAUCAAGCGCAAGUGAUGUUGGGACAACACGCGAGAGCGCAACAACCAACAAGGCCCGAGAGAUUUGGACGACUGUUACUACUUUUACCAUUGUUGAGGAGCGUUCCUGCACCGCGAGUCGAAUUAAUCUACUUCCACAGGACAAUUGGUAACACCCCCAUGGAGAAAGUUCUCUGCGAUAUGUAUAAAAAUUGAAUUAGGUAUAUUAUUCACUAUUUAUAUUUAUAUAUAUACAUAGUUUCAAAUGGAAACCAAUGAACUGAAAAACAAAACAAACGCGCAUAGUUUGUGCGACAAAAAAAAAGAUACGAGGCUGUGACCAAAUGAUUUUCAUGGCAAAAAGUAAGUUUCGAAAAAGAAAAUAAAUUUAAAAAUAUUGUUCCUUUAGAGUAUGAACUUCUUGAAAACAAAAACUAUAAAAAAUUCAUUAAACAAAAUUAUAUUUCGAACAAUAUUUUUAAAUGAGAAAAUAAAUUGUAUUUUCGAUUCUUUUGAAUUGAAAUAUUUCAAAACUUUUCUUUUCUUUACAAGAGAAAAAUAGCCAAUGGAGGAGGUCGUUUUUAUUAUUUUUAUUAUAUUGUUUUUAGUAAAUUAGUUUUUUCUUUGUUAUUUUUUUCCAUUGUGUAUAUUUUAUUAUGGACUUGAUUCUAAUUAGUCCCUUGUUAUCUAGAAAAUAGUCCCUUUGUUAAAAGGAAUUUUUUUAAUUUCUGAUUACCCUGACUUAAUUUUUGAAUAAAUAAAUGUCAUAUUUU